GCAUGUCAAGUUGAAAAUUGCAAAUGGCGGCCGUUGUUAUUGUUCGUACCGAAUUAUCUAUUUGUAAAUUAUAUACCAGUCUUUUUAGCGAUUUUUGUACUGGACUAUCACUUUGAUGCGAUGCUACAACUUCUUAUAAUUCGGCGCGAUACGUUUUAUGUACGUUUUUAAGUGUUUUGAGUGUUUUUUUGAUAUUUUAUGUGUGUCAUGCAAAUGGGGUAAGCUAGAGUUAUCGGAUGUCGUUUAGGUUGUUUUGGACAGUUUCAAUGGGAAAAUGAAGUGAUGUUCUGUGACCUAAAGUGUGAAAAUGGAGACAAUAUAAAGUUUAUUAACUAUUUUGGUACUAUCCGUGGAGUGAGAUCGUCUGAAACCGCCGCAAUUUACUAAUGUUCCAUGCCGUGACUGCACUCCCCGUACAUUUCAAAAUGGCUGCUGCUCUUCUCGAUAUAUGAGCUUUGCGUCACUGGAACAUAAAUCAGUGGAUUUGAUUUCGUGAUGAUUUUCUAGUGUUUCUAGUCUAGUGAAUUCGUGUGAAAAAACGGAAAUACGCAGUGAACAGUGCCCCGGGUGUGCCUGGGGCGGGACAAUAGUGGUGUAUCAUAUGUUUUCGGAACUGGACGUUCAGUGACCAUAGGACCGAUAUUGCCUUGCGUCCGAGCUCGAGUACUAUGCGCUUGAUUUUCCAGAAUGAUUUGGGACAUAAGGGAAUAGAACUUGUGUGGAAUUGAGCGGAAUGUGACAUUGUAUGAGAGCAUGGCAGCGGAUAGUGAUGGGCUAGGCUCGGCCGGAGGCGGGGGCGGCGGCGCGGGCUCGUGCGGCGUGGUGGUGACCUGCGAGGGCGACCUGCGCGACCCGCGCUUCCCCGCGCGCCUUCGCCGCCUGCUCAGGGAGCUCCGCGCGCUGCUCGCUGAGCCGCAUCCCCACACGCUCAAAGUUAACAAGGUGGAGCCGUGGAACAGCGUCCGCGUGACGCUGUCGGUGCCGGUGGCGGCGGCGGCGCGGCUGCGCGCUCUGGCGGCGGCCGGGGCGCCGCAGCUGCGCGCAUUGGGCAUCCUGUCCGUGCAGCUGGACGGCGACGCCGCCGUGUCGCUGCGCCUGCAGCACGGCGCCGAGCUCAGGAUCAACACGGAGCCCGCACCGCAGGGGAACACCACUACUGGUAGUGCGCAAGAACCGAGCACGUCCCGGACACAACCUACCCCAGAACUCCUCGCCGGCUUAGGCGGCAUUGGGCGGCUGAUCAGCGAGAGUGCCGGCGCUUCCACCAGCGCAACCCCGCCGGCGGAGCCCCGGGACAACUUCAAGUCCCCCAACACGGUCUGCCCGCGCGACGGCAAGAUCCCCCAGAACAUUCCCACCCCCACCACGGACCGCUGCGAGUUCCCCUUCGGCAGCAUGACGCAAGCCAGGGUCAUACAUCGGAAGGAGAAUACGCUAGGUUUAUCAGCGGGCCCGUCGACGAGCAUCCGGCCGCCGGAGCCGUUCGCGCGGCCGUCGACGUCGUCGUUCCCCGCGCCGCCGCCAUACCCCGCGGGCGCGGCCGUGGCGCUGUCCUCGCCGCUGCUCGUCAACCUCUUACAGAACGAUGCGCCGGCGCCGCAGCCGCGCGCCAAACCGCCGCCGCAUCCAGCUAAGCUUGAUCGGUUGGAGGAUGGACAGGUGGAGCUGUCCGUGGGGCGCGGCUUCGAGUACCGCGGCGUGCGCCCCCCCCGGCCCGCGCCGCCCGCGCCGCCGCCCCCGCGCCGCGCCGCGCCCGCGCCCCUCCCCGGCCCUGCAGCGCACCCCGCGCUCCCCGCGCACCCCGCACUCCCUGCGCACCCCACGCUCCCCGCGCACCCCGCACACCCCGCGCACCCUGCGCCACAGCAGACAAAUACCUACCGACCGCCGAAUGCUGCCUUACUUGCACGCAGGUUCCCGGCGGCGGGCUACCCGGCGGGCCAGUUCCCGGCGCCGCCCCCGUACCGGCAGGCGGCGCCGCGGCCGCGGGUCACGCCCGAGGACCUGCAGGCGCUGCUGCCGCCCUCCACCACCACCAUGGACCAGAAGACACAGUCCAGUUUUCAAGAGUUCCAAAGGUAUCAACAGCAGUACAACGCUCGUCAGCGCGCGGCGUCACGAGCUGCGUCCCAGGGCGAAUGGAACGAACCGUACCGGGACACCCUGGGCGGGCUCACCCUGCCCGAGCUCAACGACAACUGCGACCUGGACCAACUCCUGCCUACCCUCGGCGCCGACCUCAACCUCGACGAGAUAUCCGAGCUAGAUGCCGCCGCCAAACUAGACCUCCUCUACGAACCCUCACAGAACCCCGACGCCCCCACCCCCGACUCCCUCCUCCAGGAGAUCACCGGGCUCGCUAACACCAUCAACGGUCCCUACGAGCCCACCACCAGCGGGACGCGAGAAGUGCCUUCAAAGGACUCGUUCGAGAGCGAGACCAUCAUGCCGCCGCCGCCGGUGCCGGUGCAGUCCACGUCCAAGGGCUUCCAGGCGAGCUCGCCGCAGCACAAGCCCUUCAAGUCGCCGCCCAACGCCUCCUACGCGGCCGCGGCGCCCUCGGCCUCGGAGCGGUGCCAGCCAGGCCCCGUGAAUCAGCCUGGCGCUCUGAGUCAGCCCGGGGCUAUGAACCAACACGGCCCUGUAAGCCAACCCAGCCCUGUUAGCCAGGCCAGCCCUGUGAGCCAGCAGGGCCCCGCGAGCCACUCCAGCCUGGUGAGCCAGGCCAGCCAGCCCGGGCCGGCCCCGGCCUGCAACUCCAUGCCGCCGCCCCUGCGGCUGCCGGUCCGCGCCGCCACGGCCACGGUGGGCAGCCAGGCGUCGGCGCACGAGAUCGAGGAGCAGAGCAAGCAGUACCUCAUCAAGACGCUGAUGCGCGACGACGACGUGCCGCCCAAAGAGCACGAGAAGAAGGUCGAGGAGCUCAUUGUCGCGCAGUGCAAGGUCAAGGAGAGCCUGCAGAGCGCCGUCGACGCGCCCGAGGUGUUCGGCAUCGCCAAGUCCACGAUAGCCGACGACGACAUGAAGUCCGACGACGAAAAGAAGAAGCUGCCGAAGAAGGACGACAAGCUGAUAGCGCAGAAGGGCGGCAAGCCGCGGACGAGCGGCGCCAAGGAAAAGCCGGCCACGUUGAAGGACAAGAUAGUACGGGACGGGAAGACCAAAGUUGCCUUACAGCGGCCGCCGGUCGCGAAACCUGCCGCGCCGGCGGACGCGCCCAAAUCCCCUGGCGAGAAGGAGUCCAUCAAGCUCAGGCUCAAGCUGGACAAGAACGAGCCCGUCGUGCAGCCCGUGUACAAGGCGGACGUGAGCUUCGUCAACCAGCAGCCCAAGGGCGACAAACCCACGGAGGGCGAGCUCAGGGUGCCGCCGCUCCACAUCAGCUUACGGGGGCGCAACUCUGCCAUCAUCAAGAAUUCCAAGAAGGAAAAGAAGAAGUUCGGCUCCGGCGAGCUGCAUAAAAAGAUUAAGAUCCGGAAACCGAGCGAGGGAGACGACAAGUCUCACCGGAGAGACGACGAGACGGCGGCGUCCAAAUCCAGCGAAAGUACUGACACAAAGACUGAUGACUACCUACACUUGAAAAGCAUAAAGCUGAAUAACCACUACGCCGAGGGAGAGACCAUUAAAACCGAGAUCACCGGAGACAACAACGUCGUCUACCGGAUGAAGACUAUAUCCAAGAAUGCGCAUAUAGUCACCAAGUCUGAAUACAAGCUGAACAACAAGGUGUCCUCGUUAGACAAGUUGAAGAAGAAGAAGCUUCUAACGGACGGCAAGCCGGAGAAAGAGCGGGAUAAAGAAUGGAGGAACGACGUGAUAGACAAGGAGGGGAAGUACGCGCAAAACGAGGGUUACAGAGAGACGAACAACCACGAGGUGAAGAAAAAGUUACCGUUGAAGGACGGAAAGUGUGAUAAAACCAGUGACGGGAAGAUGCAAUGUGAGGAGGACCUAGUGAGUGGGAGUGAGUUGGUGAGGUGUUGUGAGAGGACGCUCAAUGCGGAGGGGGACCACAAGGAGGACAACAAGCUGAAGCGGGCGGCGGACGUGGCCGCGCCCAACGGACUGCUCGCCUCCGAGAAGAAGAGGAAGACCAGCCAUAGUUCCUGUCCAGAGCCACCGGGCUCCACCAACGUGGGCACGAUGGUGGCGCGGCUGGAGUCGCCGCCGCCCGCGUCUAGUCAGCGUGCGCCGGGCGGGGCCUCGCCGCGCCGCAAGGAGCGCCCCAAGGACAAGUCCUACUGCAAGCUGGUCGCCGAACGCGCCAGGCCCGACGCAGACAAGUUCAGCAACCGCUCCCCCAACUCCCAAGCGCAGGGCGAGGACUCCGGCAUCGAGUCCAUGGACGCCCUAUCGGAGAAGUCCCCCAACCAGGCGAGCCAGUCCCCGCCCGGGCCCCAGCGCAAGGAGCGGCUCGACAUGCCCGCCUCCACCAGCCCCACCUCCGUGCAGAGGAUAAUCGGCGUCAUCGAGCAGCCGCCGCCCAGCGACGAGCUGCUGGAGCGGCUGCAGCUGGCGGGGGCGCAGGCGCACUACGACCCCGGCCCGCCCGACCUCGAUGACAUGGGCGACAUCGAGGCUGAGCUGGCCAAGAUGCACGCCGACCACAACGGAGACGUCACCCCCUCGCCACACACGCCGCCCCCCGAUACCAAAGACACGCGGGACCCCACCCCCAUACUGCGCAGCGAGCCCGGCCUCGACCGCCCGCCCGGGCCCGCGCCCGCAGGGCCCCCGGCGGCCCCCCAGCGCCGCCACGACGACCCGCCCUCGCCCAAGAAGGACAAGGACGACUUCGAGCUGCCCAGCAGGGUGUCCCCUCCGCUGUACACGUACUCCAACCAGGAGAAGAACAACGCAGCCGACGCCAGCGAGCCCAAGGAGGAGAAGCCGGUCGUGGCGGAGAACGGCGAGGCUAAGAUCGAGGAGAACAAGGAGAAACCCGAGCCCAAACUGGAGAGGUUACCGCUGAAGGCGGACUUCCCCGACAAGAGCUUACUGGAGCAGCUACUGAUAGAGAUCCCCACGCCGGACUACGUGUCCAAGAGGCCCGAGUCGCCGUCCCCGUCGGCGCUGGAGCGGGUCGCCCGCAGCAGCGUGCGCACGCGCUCCAGCAGCAAGAUGAACAGCCCCGCCGACGGGCCCAAGACGCCGCGGCUCAGCCCCGGCAUCACCAAGAUGGACGCCCGCUCCGACUCCCCCCUGCAGCCGCGGAACUGCCUGCGGAGCGGCUCCGUCGACAAGACGAGCCCCAAGACCGCCGCGGCGAACGCCACCAACGCGGUGCCGGUGAAGCCGGCGCCGGCCGCCAAGCGGAAGCGGCGGGAGUCGGAGAGCUCGUGCGCCUCCACCGUCAGCUGCGAGGACGGCGCCGCGCCCGCCGCGCGCCCCAAGAAGAAGCCGCGCAAGCUGGACGCGCGCCCGCCGCUGGGCGCCAACCCCGCCCUGCUCAAGGUCAAGAAGGACUCGGACAGCGACAGCGACGAGCCCCUCAUCUGCAAGGUGCGCGGCAAGGCCGUGCCGGCCCGCGCCGCGCGCGCCGCCGACGCCGUGGGCACGCGCCGCUCCGUGCGCCACCCCGCGCCCCCCGCGCCCGCGCCCGCGCCCGCCGCCACGCCCGCCGCGCCCGGCAAGCCCAACAGCGCGCCCGCGCGACGGAAAACCAGGAGUGCAGUGGGCGAGGGCGCAGUCCCGUGCGGCGGCGCGGCGCGGCGGCGGCGGCCGUCCCGCGACGGCAAGUGACGGCGG